CGAUGGGCAACCUCCUAUAGAAACGCUAUCUACUAUCGCCAUCAACCAGGGGAGUGGAUGACGUCCGUGCGGUAGACCACCCGGGAUAAGAUGUUGUUGAGUUCCCAAAAGUUGUUUUCAGUUCCUGCUGAAAUUCGCAAGCUUUUGAAGCAUUUGCUCUCAGUACCGCAAGUAGUUCCCUGUCCGUCAGUUACACAGUGCAGUUCAGAAUGAAGUCCCCGCUGGCAAUUGUUCUAGUGCUUCUGGUGGCGAUGAUCACCCUGCUCGGUUCGGCUCAGGCCGCAUGUGGUCCAAACGCUCGCUGUCCAGCCGACGCCAGCAACUACCUGCUGCCGCACCCGGACUGCCACCAGUACUAUCUGUGCAACCAGGGCACGGCCUGCGAACAGAGCUGCCCACCCGGACAGCACUUCAACUCCUACCACCGGCAGUGCGAGGCACCGGAAACGGCCUGCUGCGACAUUUACAUCCCGUGCAAUCCGACCGUAUGAAGUGGACGUAAUG